CACUCUCGUGCAAAACACACACAUGAACACUAUAGACACACACACACGCACACAGUGGAUGUGUUGCCUCUGGAGCAAACGAGCGAGAGGCGUUCACAGAGCGGAGCAGAUCCUCAGCAAUCUGAAGUGAGAGAAAGAAAAGAGCAGAUCAGAGGGAGGCAGAGUGUUUUCAUCAGCAUGUUUUGAAGAAGCAGACUUCACUACAUCUCCGAAGAGAGAACAUUCAGAAUGACUAGAAGACUCUGAAUUUAAUGGACUUUAUUUUUUUGUAUUCUUGACUUUGCUGGGACUGCUGCUGGGAAUACUCUGGAUAUGUGACUCUCUGGAAAGCUUUGUUUCAAACCUGCUCGCCACUUUUUAAAGCUGUUAUUUCCUUGUACUGAAGAGGAUCCCAGCUGCAAUGCCUACUGACGAUUAUAGCUACCUGCCGGAUGCGCUGCCUCCUCUUCCUGAAGUCCCGGACUCCGGCCCUGUCCUGAGCUCCGUUGACCUUCCGGCUCGCUGUCUCCGCAACCCGGCCUUCCGUCACGCCUCGUCGCGCUACUGCUCCGCCAUCAGCAUGGACUCCUCUCCGGACAGCGCCGAGAGGCCCAUCAGCUACAGCUCCACGUCCUCCUCCGCCUCCUCCCGGGACAGCCACUGCUCGCUGGGCAGCCGCUCCACCCUCGUCGCCGCCCCUCACUGUAACGCCGUGACCCCGGACCGGGACUCUGGGGCGAUCCGGCUGGAGCUCGUCCCCGCCAGGCAGCUGGGGUGUGGAGAGGAGGAAGACGGGAAAGACGAAGGGAUCCAUCUGGGGAGGGGGCAGAACAGCGGACAGACCGCAGCAGAACACUCGGAGGCCGAGCUGACCCCCGACGGAGGGCAGAGGAUGAGUGAGGGGCAGGGACCCCGGACGUACGUGGACCGGGUGGUGCAGGAAAUACUGGACACGGAGAGAACCUACGUGCAGGAUUUGCGCAGCAUUGUGGAGGACUACUUGGAGUGCAUCAGCAACCAGUCUCGACUGGCCUUGAGCUCUGAGGAUAAAGGCUCGCUGUUCGGCAACAUCAAGGACAUCUACCACUUUAACAGGGACCUCCUUCAUGAUCUGGAGAAGUGUAAUGCAGACCCUGUGGCCAUUGCGGAGUGCUUCGUAUCAAAGAGCGAAGACUUCCACAUUUACACCCAGUACUGUACGAACUACCCGAGGUCGGUGGCUGUGCUCACCGAAUGCAUGAGGAACAAGGUGUUGGCAAAGUUCUUCCGCGAGCGCCAGGAAUCUCUGAAGCACUCGUUGCCUCUGGGCUCCUACCUGCUCAAGCCGGUGCAGAGGAUCCUCAAGUACCACUUACUGUUGCACGAGAUAGCCAAUCACAUGGAGAAAGACACAGAAACGUACGAGGUUGUGCAGGAGGCCAUAGACACCAUGCAGAGAGUGGCCUGGCACAUCAAUGACAUGAAGAGGAAGCAUGAGCAUGCUGUGAGAUUGCAGGAAAUCCAGAGUCUUCUGACUAACUGGAAAGGCCCUGAUCUGAUCGGUUACGGAGAGUUGGUCCUUGAAGGAACGUUUCGUCUGCAGCGUGCCAAAAAUGAGAGAACACUCUUUUUGUUUGACAAACUGCUGCUGAUUUCCAAGAAACGCGAAGAGUCCUACACAUACAAGGCUCACAUCCUGUGCUGCAACCUGAUGCUGGUGGAAGUUAUUCCAAAAGAGCCACUGAGUUUCAGUGUGUUUCACUACAAGAAUCCCAAACUACAGCACACAGUCCAGGCCAAAUCGCAGCAAGACAAGCGCAUGUGGAUCUUACACCUGAAGAGGCUUAUACUGGAAAACCAUCCUGCCAAAAUCCCUGCGAAGGCUAAACAAGCUAUUUUGGAGAUGGAUGCCAUGCAUCAUCCUGGGUUUCAUUACAGCCCUGACGGUGAGAAGAAGGAUUCCCCUCAAACCAAGGAAGGUCCCACUCCUCGCAGAGGACGCAGAAAAGAACCCCUUUCCAAAUUACUGAAGAAUGCAAAGCAAAAUAUUGCUCACACUGACGGUGAAAAGAGAACAAGCCUGGGUGCCACAUUGCUUUCUCCAGUGUCCCAGCUGGCUCUGGGCACAAUCGGUCGCAGUCGCAGUCUCAUCAACCAGUCACAAGAGUCCCUGGAUCCUGGCGAUCACUAUGACCACAGUGACAGAGAGGAAGGCGAAGAGUCGCAUCAACAGGAUGCUGACGAUGAGGACGACAGCGGUCUGGGAGGGGGAAAGAGACUGCGAGUUCCUGGCAAGAGCAGUAGGAAGAGGCUGAACCCCCAAGCGUCUGUUGACAGCAUAGAACAGUGGAAAACCUUUAACAUGAGCCCCUCUGACCUGCAGAGAGCCAGAGAAUCCUUGGUAAGAGAAGGAAGUCACCACCCGCCUCUGCUCAGGACGCCACAUGUGACAGAGGAACCGCCAGACUCCCCCAUUCCCUCGGUCAUCGUCACAGACAGUGAGCCCUCUGUCAGAAACAUUUGGGCAGACCAUUGGGCUCGCAGGGCCAUGUUCCCCACCCGCCAGAGGACCAUGCAGCCCGAUGACGAGGACGAGGACAUCUACCAGAUGUUUGUUCCCACGGAGCCGAGCGGUCCAGAGCCGGAGGCGCCCACGGAGCGGCCCGAGGUGCCCUCGUCACCCAGAGCAGCUCGGCCCUGCAGCUGGCAUGUUGAAAAGGUGCCGACGGUGCAGGUCGAUCCUCCGCCUGAUGGGAGCAGGGUUCUGCGGAGGGCGAGCAGUGCAGGAGAGAAAGUCACGGAGGCCCGGGAGAGUCCUGAAGAUGAGCAAGGAGGACACACCGGCCUGGAAGUGAUCCACACCGAAUCCUCCAGCAAUGAUUUGUCUGGAUCGUCCUCGGCUGAGCAGCUGACGAUAGACGAUAUUGAAAAUGUGUAUGACAACAUCAGCUACGAGGACCUGAAGAGUAUGGGCCUCAUCAGAAGGGACCCCGAAGAAAGCCAAUCAAAGAAAGCCACUCCCACAGGCGUGCAGGGCUCCCAGGGUCAGGCAGCAAAUGCUUUGGGUGCUCCCGGGGUCGUAGGGACUAUAAUUGAACCGGACGAUUCGUCAGAGAGCAACCGCUCCUCCACACAGGAGGGGAAGUCGUUUGGGACCUGUGAGCUCAAGAUAGUGGAGGAAAACAUCUAUGACACCAUCGUUUUUAGAGAGCCUCCAUCCACCGAACAGAAAGAAAUGAGUGACGACAGUAAACUGAAACAAGAGAGGGACAGUCUGCUGGCUUCAGAGCAGGACCUGGCCGAAAGUCUGGGAGGGUUUGUCUCUGAAGAGAGCCUCCACUUUGGAGAUGAAGGUCCAGAGGCCUCCUCCUCUCUUGUCCGGUGUUCUUCUGAGCCAGAUUAUUCAUCGUCUUCUGCUUCCGAGACAUUUUCCCAGCGCUCGCAGAAAGGAGACAAGAUGUCGGAACAUGUUGAUGAGAUCUGGAACGACUUGGAAAACUACAUCAAAAACAACGAGAAGAAGGCUGACAGACUCCCCGCUGCGUUCCCAGUGAGUGCCAACGAGUCGCCGAAGAAAACAUCGUCUGUCAAAAACAGUCCCACGAAGAGCUGCCCUGUAAUUAGCUCCCAACCCGCCGGCAGUCCCACCAAGACUCCUCCAGCACAUCAGUCGAAGCCCCCACCCAUUACCUCCACACCAUCAUUUACCAUCCCAGUUAUCAACCUCCCUGAUCUUCAAAGUGAAGGAACCGCUGAAGAAGAAAACCACAGCUCUGUUCCCACAUCUCGCCCCCUACCUGUCACCCCGGAGCCCCUCCCUGGCACAGUGAGGAGCAUCCGCAACAGACUGGCGCGUCUCAGCAGUGGCAGUUUCCGCUUGGAGGACGACGACCUGAUUGAGCUUCCUCAGCGAAACGCCCCUCAGAGGGACGACGCCCUCAAAGACUUGCAUAGUUUGUUCCCAGGGGAGCUGGCGGGUCUGGACUCACCCCUGGCUUCCUCCUCCCUCCUCCUGGGCGAGUCUGUGGACUUUCCGCUGGAGCUGAUGGACAAGACGAAGAGCCGCGUUUUCCUAAUGGCACGGCAAUACAGCCAGAAGAUCAAAAAAGCCAACCAGCUGCUGCGCAUGAGGAGCAUGGACCCUGGAGACUGUUCUCGGGCCAGAGCAGAGAGGAAACAGAAGGACCUUGCUGCCAUCUUAGAAGAGAAAAAGCAAGGCGGAGCCGCCAUAGGUGCACGGAUAGCAGAGUACUCCCAGCUCUACGACCAGGUGAUGUUCAGGGAUCCUCCAGGUCAGACGUCUGCUGCUCCCCAUCACACCCACCCAGGGCUGUCGUCCUCGCCGUCCAUGCCCGAGACCUCGCUGGAGGAAGACUGGCUGCACUCCACCUACAGUAACGGAGAGCUGGCCAGCUUUGUGUCUUCAUCCAAGGAGGCGGGGGGCACUCGGGCAUCUUCUACCCCUCAGCACAGGCUCACCUCUGCGUGCUCCAUCCCAUCCCUCAAAACGUCCCCUUCCUCUCCAACCACUCCACCGACACAGAGGUGGAGCUCGUGCAUAUCGGCGCCAAGCGAGGAGGAGGAGCACGUGUACAGUUCCAUCAAGAGACGUCCUUCCUUCAAGUCCUCGACGUCUGCCCCCUCUGGCCACUGCCAGUCAGCCGGCUCUCUGACCAAUCCGCCGCAGGAGAUGACUCACCAGUCGGGUCUCAGGUGUAACGGACCUGCAGCGGACCGAUCCGCUGACAGACUGCAUGGCUCCGGCCUGGCCCGGGUGGGUCGGCAGAGCAGUCUUCCCGAGCGACCCACGCAGGCGCAGUCGGACCUCACUCUGCACGACGGCCAGCAGGUGGUGGUGCUGAAUCGGGCUUCCGCACUGAGCAUACUCACCGCCACCCAGAACUACCUGGCGAACUUUAAGGACAACGAGGACGAUGACGAUGACUAUGUGGAGAUCCGCUCAGAGGACGAAAGCGAGCACGAGCGGGACAGGUUAACGCAGAGAAAUGGCAGCUCGGCGGCCCUCUCCGGUCAGAACCGAGUCCUUGUCCAGUCUCAGAGUCUGCCCUCCACUCCACUUCACUCCUGUCACCCGCUGAGGUCUCUCGACCAAGAGCAUCUGGAAAAGUACCUGUGGAGCGAGCCGCAGCAGAACCAACCCAACAUCGUCCAGUCUCUGAGGGAAAAGUUUCAGUGUCUGAGCUCCAGCAGCUUCGCCUGAAGCUGGCUGACUGACGACUAAAAGCCAAAAAUAUACCGAGACACAGCAUAUAGCAACAAAAGGGACACUGCUGCUUUGCCUUGAAUGCCGUACAUCUACAUGAUGAACCACAACCAAAAGCAAAUAUUACACAAGUUUUGCAUCAGAAGCAGUUUAUUUGCAGCCAGAUGUGCAGUGACAUGUGAAUGCCUAUGCUUUCUGUUACAGUGCUUCACACUAUAGGUUACUGUUGUUAAUGGUUCACAUUUUGCAUCAAUUCCUGUCUGUGAGCUGCCUCAGUACUUCCAGGGAUGUUGUCAAAUGAAACUUUCCAGUUCAUGGAAGGGAUUCAGGGUGACUGAACGGAUUUUAACACCAACAGAAGUUCAGACCUCUUGAUUGCUUUGAAUAGAGGUAGUUUGGAUUGUUUUUGCAGGACUGCUGCCAGUAAACUGUUGCACAGAUAUAGUCAUCUUACUGAUAAAACAGUCCUUUUCUGUGCUCAGUAUCUCACAACCAAGUAUCAAACAUCUGAUCUUUAGCAGGACCAGUCUCCACAUUUCAGAAUUACAUCUCAAGUUAACAAACUCUGCCUUUUAUUGUAGUCCUUAAGGUUAUUUCACCUGCACUUUCAGCUCCAGUUCAUCUUAACCUGGUAAGAGGAACAGCCAUCAUUAGUGUUAUUAAUUGUGCUUUCUCUAUCAAAUUCUUGUGAACAAAGAUUUACAACAUCGAAUUUACUUUCUUCGGAGUUGCUUCUCAGGCUCGUCUGUCACCUAUAGGAGUGAAUUAUAACAAACUGUUGGCUUGUACAAGAUCUAAUAGGUAAGUGCUGAAGUUGCUGUGCGUGAUGCUACCUGCCACAUGUGUCACCUUCAGGGUGCCGUGCUUUAAAAACCAAGGAAUCGCUGAAAUUUUAGUUUGUAAGAAACCAUAGGAUUUGGUAUUUAUUUUGAUUCUGUGAGCAAAUCACAAUGUUUUGAGUAAUAGUAUGGGGGCAUCAAUCUCGUACAUGAAAAUGUUCAUCUUAAAUAGAUGGUUUUCUUUUUAUUUCUUUUAUUUUUUUAAGUCAUGCUCAUUUUAACCUUUGUUUAUAAGAGGGACCACAAAGGAGAGCAUUAAGGAGAGUUAAGUACAAGACUCAAGUACUGUAUUUGGUGUACAUUUCAUUUUUGUUUGUUUUGUUUUGUUCUUUACUCAAAUUAAUAGUCAACUGUUUGUUUACAAAACUACUGAUGUUACAUCGAUGCUCACAUAAAGAAUCACUCCAUACAGGUUCAUACAACACAUUUGGAUUUUUUUUUUUAAUCCCAUAAACCAAAUCAGAUACGUCCUACACACUUGUUGAAUUUCGUUUAAAAUCUUCAAAAAUAAAGUCACAAAUCUAUGUCCUAUUUAUUUUGGAGGAUCCCUCUGUGUUUCUGCCCCCCAUCACUGUUGUUGCAAGCUGCAGGCUGGUUGUACAUGAAAGUAAAUAUAUUUAUUUAAAGCUGACUUUAUUACAGUUUUAGGGAGUCACAAAAUUUUAAUAAAAUACUGUGAAUAUUAUCAUAUAAUGGUAGUUUUUUUUUUUCCUAUCACGCACUGCUUAAUACUUAAAUAAUGAAUCACAAAACCACACUACAAGUUGAAAAAGCACAUCAAGGUUCAUAUCAAAAGAUUUUCAUCAAACACAAGUUAGGAAUAUGAAGUAUGUUUUUUAUUUCUUAUUGUAUAUGUUGGCCCUCUAUUUCACUGGUGGGGAUUGUCGGUCUUUGACUUUUUUUGUUGCACUUUUCUGUCUUUUAUUUUUUACAUUCUAUUUGUAAACACUUUGUAAAGAUGUACAUUUUAGGAAAGUUAUUCUUGUAUGCCCAUAGGUAUGCUUUAUAAUGCUCUUUGUGUUUAAGUUAAGCGUAUUUUUUUAACUGCCUAGAUGUCAGCGCUCAGCCGAACAGUGUACUGGAGGUAAUAAAUACUAUUAAAAUCCA